AUGUGGCUGGUCUUGACGGCGCCCGUGGCUGCCUUGGCCGCAGCCGCCGCCCCCGCAGCCUCAGUCUUGGCGCCGGUCCCACUCGCGCCGCCCCCGGCAGCCGGGGCCUUGGCUUCGGCGGCCGCUUUCGACGCCAGCAGCUUCUUGACUAGCGAGGCGCUGUCGACGCGCGGGCCCUGGCCGCCCUCGGUGUCUGCAUCGCCGGCGUUGCCGCCACCGGAGGAAGAUGUCGGGUUCCCAGAGGCCUUGCCGGGGGCCUCCGCCGUCGUCGCUGCCGCCGCCGGCUUGGCGGUGGAGGCAGCCGGGCCGAGCGGUGGCGCCGCCCUGCCGGAGGCCACGGAGAGGCUGGCGGCGGGCUUGUCGCUCUCGCCACCAGCGCGCUAG